AUGUUAGCUCGUAUAGGGAUAGCUGUUCAUAGUAGUGGUGUGGUAUGGUCUGUGGUAAGAGGGAUAUCUGUGAAAGCUCAGAGGCUCAAUGCGAAUCUACCAGAUGUUGAUCCUGAGGUUGCUGGUAUCAUAGAAAAAGAGCGAUCCCGUCAAAAGAAGAACCUAGUUUUGAUCGCUUCUGAAAACUUCACCAGUCAGGCGGUGCUCGAUGCUAUUGGUUCUAUCAUGACGAACAAAUAUUCAGAGGGGUAUCCUAAUGCUCGCUAUUAUGGUGGGAAUGAGUACAUUGAUCAGAUGGAGAAUCUUUGCAGACAGAGAUACACAGCUUUGAUGGAGCCACAUGAAAGGCUGAUGGCAUUGGACUUACCGCAUGGGGGCCACCUCUCGCAUGGUUAUCAGACUGAUACUAAAAAAGUCUCAAUGGUUUCUAAGUUCUGGACGUCGAUGCCCUACAGGCUCGAUGAGAACACUGGAGUGAUAGACUAUGAGCAACUCGAGUUGUUGGCGACACGGUUUCGGCCUAAGAUUCUUAUCACGGGUUAUUCUGCUUAUCCUCGUUACCCCGAUUUCAAACGCUUCCGGGAGAUCGCGGACAAGUCAGGUUCGAUCCUCAUGUGCGACAUGGCGCAUAUUUCUGGACUUGUUGCGGCAGGGGUUCAUCCAUCGCCAUUCGAGGACUGUGAUGUUGUUACUACUACCACUCACAAAACUUUACGAGGUCCACGAGGCGCGAUGAUUUUCUAUCGUGUUGGUCAGAAAGGCGUUGAUAAAAAGGGAAAUGUUGUCAAGUAUGAUUUUGCGGAAAAAAUAAACUCGACAGUUUUCCCGGGCUUACAGGGUGGCCCUCAUAACCACAUCAUCGCGGGAUUGUCUGUUGCUCUAAAACAGGCGGCAUCAGUUGAAUUUCGAGAGUAUCAACAACAGGUUGUUGCCAAUGCUGCAGCGUUAGCCGGCGAAAUGCAGAAAUUAGGAUUUAAACUCGUUUCUGAUGGCACCGAUAAUCAUUUGAUGCUCGUAGACUUGAAAAAUAAGGGCGUUAAUGGCAGCAAAGUUGAAAAGAUACAGAGGAAUGUGGGGUCCUCAAAGCAAGCGGCUUUCAACAAGUUUAUUGAGGAGAAUGAGCUUCCUGAAAUUGCAGAGCUCAAGAAGGAGGUAGAGACAUUCGCAUCAAGUUUCGAACAAGUUGGGAAAGCUCAUCCGUGA